AUGGACUUACACAGCGCGGUGUGUUCGCGCUGCCGCGAGCAGAACACGGCGCACAAUAUGGGGAGCGCGCUCGUGAGCAGCCCGGCGGCGGCGGGCGUGGGUUAUGCGAACGACUCCUUGCUGGGGCUGGCCGGCUUCGAGGCGGAGCCCGCGCUGCUGCCACUCCGGCGGCCCUCGGGGCUGUGGGAUCUGCACAGACCAGGGGUUGCGUCAAGCGGUGUGCGGCUAGUUGGC